AUGAAAUCUCUGUUCGCGAAAUCUGUUGUAUUCUUCUUAGUACUUACGACAUCGAGAUGUGCUCCGGGACGGUUGGGUACCAUCGAUCGAUAUAAUCCAAGCUUCUCCUUGGCGGACGAUGAUGAUGAGGUGUAUACGACCGAGUCGGAUGGUACAACGGAAGAUAAUACUUGGGAGUACUAUGAAGACGACGUUACUGACUCGACCACGAACGAAAUACCUUUGGAAACUCCAGCGCCUCAUAUCGACCAGCUCGCCGGACAGGAUGAUACUACCAAAGGACAGACAGGCUGUUCCGAUUCCGUCGUAGACGUUGAGGGUCCAUCGACAUCGCUUGCGGCGUUCACAGAUGGCGAAUGA